AUGAUCCAGAUCGUUGGAUCGGGUACAAUUGUUACGACUGACGAGUAUGAGCAUAUGAUUGACGUGUCUUUGCCACGACUUCUUCUGCGCCAGCUUGAAGAACCGUGCAGUGAAAGACCAUUCACUUAUGAACCUAGCCUGCGAGUACCUGCCUACAUUUUAUUCACCUCCGGGUCCACAGGCAAGCCUAAAGGUGUGCAAAUUUCACACCGUGCACUAGCUGCUGCGAUCAAGUCGUGGAAGAUCAUGUUGCCAUACACGCAGCAAUCACGUCUUCUCCAACUCGCCUCGCCAGGGUUCGACGUUUCAUUAUUCGAGUUGUGCUUGCCGUUAAGUCUUGGCUUUGCUAUGGCUACGGCACCGAAGGACAUCUUAUUGACCGACCUUGAAGCGGCGUUUCGUGCUUUGCGUAUCACAAUGGCGGACUUGCCUGCCGCACUGGCUGCUCUUGUGCAUCCAGAGCACUUGCCGCCUAUGGAAUGGCUCAUGAGUGGUGGCGACAUGGUGGACGAGCGUGUUGUGCGUGAAUGGGGCACGCCCCCACAGAAGCUCAUCAAUGCAUACGGACCAACGGAAGGUACAAUCGGCAACACACUAGGGCAUGUCGAUGCAAAUACACGUCGCUCCGUCGUUGGCAAAGUUUACCCGGCAACGACUCUCUACAUUUGCCGUGGCAACGAGCUGGCUUACACGGGCGCUGUGGGGGAGAUUGUCGUGGGCGGGCCUCAAGUCGCUGAUGGCUACGUAGGUGCACCUGAGCUCACGGCGCAAAAGUUCCCGACUCUGACUCUGGGUACACGUUCGCAGCGUGUAUAUCGCACAGGCGAUCGUGGUCGCUUGUUGCACAACGGUGUUGUCGAGUGUUUGGGUCGCAUGGAGCGUGGUCAAGUGAAAGUGAAUGGCCAGCGUGUGGAGCUAGAUGAAAUUGCACACGAAUUGGCCACGGAGUUUGGCAUUUCGGAUGCUUGUGUACAAUACCUUCAGCAUCCCUCGCAUCCGUCGAAGCAGCUUGUCGCAUUUUUAGCUCUGACUUCUGUAUCCCAGUCGACAGCGGCUGCCCUCGAUGUGCGCACGGAUCCCGAGGCUCUUUCCAGGUCACAGCAGUGCCUUCGUGGUGCGCAGAAAAGACUUGCUCCGUACAUGGUGCCUGCGCAUACGCUCGUGCUCACAACGCCACUGCCACUCACCCCAAACAAUAAGGUGGAUGUGAAGCGUCUUGCGAACCUGUACAUGGACAUGGAUCCGAAGCGCAUGCGAGACGCAAAGUCUUCACGCCCGCUCACUCAGACAGAAUUGACCCUGCUUCGAAUCUUGACUGAGUUUACUCAUAUGGCACCGGCAGAUAUUGACCGUGAUGCUUCCUUUUACACACUUGGCAUCGACUCGCUCUCAGCAAUCCGCCUUGUGAAGCUCAUGCGCUUGCGUGGGAUGAAGUUGACUGUCAGUGAGCUUCUUGCCCAUGCCACACCCUCGCGCGUCGCUGCUAUACUGGACGAGAUGCCAGCCAAAAAUGAAGAAGACUUUGCUGCAUACAAAGACAUCCUUCAAGAGGCAGCGCUACCGUCGAACUUGUCAUCACGCCAUGUCCUGCCAUGCACGCCUUUACAAGCUGGUAUGCUUGCACAAACGGCGGCAAGUUUUGGUGGUUUAUACACACAUAUACACGCGUUCAGUCUUGAUGUGUCAGCCGAAGCUAUUGUUUCAGCUUGGGCUAGAAUCGUGAGGAACAACGCUAUUCUCCGCACGACAUUUGAACCAUACGACUGCCAGCAGGUACCUUGGGUUCAGGUAGUUCAUGACGAUUGGCCACUUAUUGCGCCCACGCUUGUGCAGCACGCUCCCUCGACACCCCUGGAUGUCGUACUGCGUGCAGCGCAAGCCGCGUGCGAUCCCAGCACUCGGCCCCAUGUCCUGCACAUGGUUCCAACGUCUGAGAACAGUAUGUUGGCCGUGUGGGCAAUGCACCAUGCUUUGUACGAUGCACACACACUUGACGUUCUUUUUGACGACGUGGAUGCUGUGCUGUGCGGGGAACAAGCACCGGAAAGGCUUCCGUUCGAGAGUGUUGUGCCACAUUUGUGCGCUGGUUCGCCACAUGUGCCCUACUGGCUUGGCACAUUACGGGGCUACGUGCCUCGAACCCUGAGUCCGUACAGGAGAGAUAUGGCGGCGGCAAUACCGGGCUCUGCUGCAAUGUUAUCUUCGUCGGCGUCUAUGUCGCGCGAAGCACGGACCAGCACCUUUGACACACAAUUGGCAUCGAGCAUAGUCGAGGAUGCGUGUCGUCAAUGUGGUGUUUCGGUGCAUACACUUGCUACGUUGGCCUUCGCGUUCUUGCUUGCCGAGUGUAUGCAAACGACUGACGUAUGCUUCGGUCAGGUUUUCAGUCUGCGAAGUGAUGUGCAUGACGCCGUCGAUGUCCUAGGCCCCAUGCUCAAUACGAUCCCUACGCGUGUGAAGCUUCAGGCUUCGUCUUUCGAUGCCCAACUCGAGUCGCUACAGCGAACCGUCGAUGCAGCGCGUCCACAUCGGCAUGCACCGCUGCGUUCGAUUGCAGUGGAACACCAACGCACGCACAAUUCAACGGCACCUUUGGUUGAGGCGUUGCUGGAUGUGCAGCAGCAUGCUGCGAAUGAUCAACAUCCGAUCCAUAUCCGAAGAAUUCCGUUGGAUAUGGAAGAUCAAGUUCAAUAUGCUUUGAAUGUCGAGUUUAUCCAGACGCCAACAACGAUUCGGCUCGUGGCUACGGCACGCACGUCAUUUUGUGGGCAUUCAUCCAAUCUGCAGACUUUGCUGCGAAGGAUGAGCGACAUUUUGCAAACGAUCGUCUCGAACCCCAGAGGUACACUGGCUGUCGCAUCACUUGAUUCGGAGCAGCCCACAAUCCAACCCUCUAACACAUUGUCGCCAUCUCCAGCCUCGGCAGCAACUGCGCUCGAGGACAUCCCGCCUGAUAUCUUGCUACAAGUGCGGGAACUCACAGCUGAUGUGGCUUGUGUGCCUUUAUCAGACGUAUUGGCUGACACGCCACUUCUUCUUUUGGGCCUCGACUCCAUCGUUGCUAUCCAGAUCAUCGCACGUGCGCGAGUGCGCAACCUGUCGUUGCAAAUGGGUGACCUGGCUGCGGGCACCCCUCGUGGCAUUGCGGCUGCCUGGUGUGAGCGUAUGAAGCAUGAGUCGGAAACAUCUUCAGCGAGAAUGGCACCGUUAUCAUCGCCCAUUCCAUUGUCUUUUGCAUCCAAUACGCCUUGCACACAAGCACAGGUGGCAACUGCAACUGCUGCUGCUGCUGCCGCAGAAGCACACUGCCCCAUGCAGGAUGUGGUGGCUGUGCGCCCACUGUCGGCAGGCCAAAUGAUGCACAUGGCAUCACUAGUGCAUUCCCAGCAUCGAGAGGGCGUGUUUUUCCAUGCAUAUCGCGCUCGAGGCCAACUGGAUAGCAAACGCUUCGCACAUGCCUGGGAAGAGCUGCAGAAGCGGCAUGAAGUUCUUCGUUCCAUUUUCGUAUGUGUGCAUGACUGCGAACCUGCGCAAGUUGUGUUGAAGCGUACACAAGGCAUGCACAUGCAUCGCGUUUCUCGUUCUGACGACGCCAUGCCUUGUGUGUUUGCGCACCAUCGAACGUGGCCUGCUGAUGAGCCAUGGGCAUCUGCGGAUCUUGUCCGUAUCGAUGGGGAAGACAGCAAGAACGAUGUUGUAGUGCUUUCUCUCUUCCAUGCAAUGUACGACGCGUGGUCUCUGCCAGUCUUGGUCGAUGACCUCGUGUCUUUGUACCAAGGUGAGGGAACGCCUGCAUCACAGGCCACAGAACUUGCUCCCGCUAGCAUGGCCAACUUGCUGACAGCAGCCUCACAAAGUAAGGAUGUAUCUGCCAUCCAGCAUCACUGGGCCUCGUAUGCAUCAGCCCCACCUUGCAUCGCGGCACAGCAAAGUGACAUCGAUGGAGCUAUUGACAAGCCGUCUGCUACUAAGGCCAUGACGUCCACCGUGGCUGCUCCCACUACUGCAAGCUUUACUUUCGUACAUCAAAGAGAUAUCGUUCAUUGUGUGCAGCGUCUGCGAAUGCAUCUCGCCUCGCAUCAAAUUUCGUUACCAUCCGUUCUGGUGGCAGCAUGGGCCUCUGUUCUGCAUGACGUUGUGCAUACGAGUGUGCCUGUGUUGGGCCUAUACCAGGCGGCUCGGUCUUUGGCAACGCUGGACCUGUCACGCAGCGCCAUUCCAUGCGUCAACAUGCUGCCCAUCGCCGUGCCUUGGCAUCCAUCAUUGCUUAGUAUGGCUCAUUACGUGGCAUCUGCCUUGGUCGAACGAGUGCCAUUUGAACAAGUUUCGCUUGAAGAUGUGCACCGUGCGCUAGAGAAGGUCGCGCCAGGUCCGACAACAUUCCCUCACUUUGACACGAUGUUGAAUGUCUUGAUCCAACCAAGUGCGUCGGCUGGCGCUGGUGGCGAUGUCGGUAGCGAGAUUCUUCUCGAACCCAUGCAGAGCCCAAUCUGUGAGGAGCAUCUUCGAUCGCCGCCGCGCAUCUGCGAGCGUACGUCGUUCGACGCCUGGCCCGGGGCUGGACACUAUCCAACUGCCGGCAUAGCCGUCGAUGCGUAUGUUGACGACGAAGACAAUUUGUCUUUCGCGCUGCGGUGCCCCGCACACGUGCUGAGUGAGCAAAAAGCUAAAGCACUUUUGGACAAAUUCGCUGCCUAUGUACAAACGGUUCAGCCCUGA